AUGGCGAACAUUGCAAAACGACAAAAAUUAUUCAAUGAUGUAGUACAUCAAAAUGAAUACAAAGUUGGUGAUUUAGUUGGUUUAAAAAUCGAUAAAGUAGAUAGAACAAAUGUUACACCUAGAGUACUACCAUGCAAGAUCAUAUCGGUUCAAGUAGCAUCAAAUGAUAUGGAUACUUAUCAAUUAUGUACAACAACAGCCAUACUCUUCUCACGAUUUCAAGUUCUUGACCUAUUAAAUUUAUCCAAGUGUAACUUUCGUGACUUACGUGAUGUCGAUUCAACAACUUUACCAACAAUGACAUUCAUUCAAGCCUGUAAAGCUCAUGUGAGUGCAGGAUUAAUUACUCCUACUGAAGCAUGUAACUGUAAUGGCAAGUGUUCAACAAAAAAAUGUCGUUGUCGAGCAGCUAAAGUGCAAUGUGGUACUAAAUGCCAUUCAUCAAAAACGAAACCAUGUUCAAAUGUCUAG